AGAGUAGAAAACCCCAUAAAAACAGCACAUUUCCCUUAUUUGUGACCCACAAAAACCCCAUGAAUGGGCAUUAGGAACCACUAAUGGAAAUGGGUUCGAUGGGUUCGGGCUCAGGUGGUUCCUCUGCCAAUAACUUCAACACUGAGUCACUCGACGGGUUGAAAUUUGGGCAAAAGAUAUACUUUGAGGAUGCGGGUGCUGGGGCUGCUGGUGCUGCUGGUGCUGCUGGUGCUGGGGUUGCUCAAACCAAGUCUGGGUCUGGAUCAUCCUCAUCUGGGUCAGGUAAGAAAAUCCGUGGUGGUGGGUUGGUGCAGGGUGCACACCCUCCCAGGUGUCAAGUGGAAGGGUGCCAAGUGGAUCUGAGUGAUGCUAAGGCUUACUAUUCAAGGCAUAAGGUCUGUGGCAUGCACUCUAAAUCAUCUAUGGUCGUUGUUGCUGGUAUGCAGCAGAGGUUCUGUCAGCAGUGUAGUAGAUUUCAUCAGCUUACUGAAUUUGACCAAGGAAAAAGAAGCUGUCGCAGGCGCCUGGCUGGACACAAUGAGCGUCGAAGAAAGCCACCACCUGGAUCAUUAUUUCCCUCUCGCUAUGGCAGGCUCCCUUCCUCUUUGAAUGUGACAGAAAACAGCGGCAGAGGUGGAGUUAUUAUGGUUGAUUUCACAUCUUAUCCAAGGAAUGCUGGGAGGGAUGCAUGGCCAGCAUCAAGACCAACCGAGCGGGUACCCAACACUGCCACAGGAAGGUCAAUUCCAAAUUCAUGGCAGGGCAACUCUGAGAAUUCAACAUCUGAACUUUUCCUGCAAGGUUCAGCUGGUGGGACUGGUUUCUCCAGUGCCGUGGUUUCUCCGGGACAAUGCUUCACAGCAGUAGCUGACUCAAGCUGUGCUCUCUCUCUUCUGUCAAAUCAAACAUGGGGCUCCAGAAACCAAGGCCCUGGGCUCAUGGUGAAUGACUUAGUGAAUGCUGAAGCUGAAGGGGUUUCUGUUGCUCAACCGGAUGCACCUCCUCAUGGUCGUGCAACUGUCAAUAACUAUCCUAAUACCUCAUGGGGUUUCAAGGGCAAUGAUGCCGGUAGCAGUAGCAGCUCACAAGAGAUGGCCCCUAACCUAUGUUUGGGCCAAAUGUCUCAACCAAUUGGUAGUCAGUACUCUGUUGGGCUUGAAUCAUCUCAGCAGAGCAGGAGGCACUACAUGGAACUUGAGUACUCUAGGGAUUAUGAUUCCUCCACUGAGCACAUUAACUGGUCCCUUUAAGCAAUAUGUGCCUUGCUGUUUGCUUAUGAUUACCAUAGUAGGAUGUGUAAUUUUAUGUUUGUAUGGGGCGAGCACUUGACUCAUUGUAUCUGUCGGCCUCUAUUGCUUAACCUAAUUAAACCUAACAAGUCGACUCAGCAGAGCAGGAGGCACUACAUGGAACUCGAGUUCUCUAGGGAAUAUGAUUCCUCCAUCAAGCACAUUAACUGGUCCCUUUAGGCAAUAUGUGCCUCUCUGUUUGCUUAUGAUUAUCUUAGUAGGAAUGUGAAAUUUUAUGUUUGUAUGGCUUGAGCACUUGACUCACGGUGUAUCUGUUUGCCUCUGUUGCUUAACCUAAUUAAACCGAACAAGCAAUUGGCUUCUGCUAAGCUUUGGACAUGCUUUUAAACUUU